UCUGGUCCCUGGCAGCUACAGUGCUUGGCCCCACAGCCUUGCCCCAGCAGGAGAUGGCCACGGAGAAGCCAGUGACUCCCACAGAGGAGCAGCUGGAGAUCCUGGAGUACAACUUCUGCAAGGUGAACAAGCAUCCUGACCCCACCACGCUGUGCCUCAUUGCAGCUGAGACUGGGCUUUCUGAGGAGCAGACUCUGAAAUGGUUCAAGCAGCGCUUGGCAGAGUGGAGGAAGUCUGAAGGGCUGCCCUCAGAGAGCGGGUCUGUCAGGGACUAGAAGAUGCUGCUCCGAUCCCCAUGCCUGCUAUAUAUGAUGAUGAAGCUCUUCAGAGCGGGUUUCCUUGGGUUUCUUUUGUUGCAAUAGGUUUUGAGAUACAAAGUAAUACCCUACUAUUUAACAUAAGUUUUAUUUAAAAUGUACAUAACCAGGAAAAAAUAUUAUCUAUGUGUGUAUACAACUUCUGAUGGCUGCAGAACCUGCCUAGUGACUCCCAUCCCUAACAGUGGUUGCACAGGGCAAGGCAGUCUCAUGCCUUUGUUCCAGGCUUGCAGAAAAGCUGCCAUGAAAGGUUUAAAGGUAGAAGGGAGGAGAAAAGUUUUGUUUUCUUUAUGCUAGCCAGAGGUAAACUACAUGUGCUAGCUCUACAGAUCAUGCAGAGAGGAGGUCACCUGGAAAACUGGAUGUGCUGUUCAGGUGAUCAUAGUUAGUUCAAGAUUGUCUGCUCUGGCUAUUGGCAAAUCAAGAGCCUACACCAUAAUUAUACCAAGUCAAGCUCCCCUUGAAUGCAUUUCUCACAUUUCUGUUAAAGGUCACCAAAGGGAAAGAACUGGCCUUUUCUUUUUCCCCAAUGGAUUAA